GCAAAUUCUCUUUCGCGCUGCCAACUUUCUCUUAUCUUAUCGGCCGGGUUACUUCAAGUGCCGUGCGAAAUAUAGUGACGUUAUAGGCAGAUCGUCAAGUGAGCAGGAAACAUGUCUUACACUACUGAACAGCUGAAAAAUUUCACUAAAAUUGGAAAGAAAAUAAUUGGCGCUGGGUUAAACUACAAAGAACUGGUGAAACUAAGCAAACAACCAGCACCAACGACUCCUAUAAUUUUUUUAAAACCAACAUCAGCGUACAUUACUGAAGGUUCCAGUAUCGAGAUUUAUCCUGAUUCCCAUGUAAAUGAGGAAGUGGAACUUGGAGUCAUAAUUGGACGAAAAGGAAGAAAUAUUUCAGUAGCUGAUGCUAUGUCUCAUGUUGGUGGCUACUGUUUGGGACUGGACAUGACUGAAAUAAGUAUUAUUAAUGAAUGCCAAUCAAAGGGCUUACCUUGGGCUUUGGGCAAAGGUUUUGACACUGCUUGUCCUGUGAGCAGAUUCAUAAGCUGUGAUGAGAUACAGGACCCAGGAAAUCUACAAUUAUGGUUAAAAGUUAACGGGAAGACUUUCCAGGAUUCCAAUACUUCAGAUAUGCUUUUUUCAAUCCCAGAGUUAAUAAGUUACGUCUCCAAAUUUAUCACACUGGAAGAAGGUGAUAUGAUCCUUACAGGAUCUCCACCUGGCUUCGAUCGUGUUCAGCCUGGAGAUGUUAUAGAAGCAGGCAUUGGAAAUAUUCUGGCCAUGAAGUUCCCUGUUAAAGCUAGAACAUAAAUGUUUAUUAUGUAUGCUGCUUUAAAUUGCAAUGGAAUUGUUAACUUGAAAUUUUGUGAAAUAAAGUAGGUGUCUGAAGUGUG